AUGUACGGAUCGGAGACUUGGGUAGCACCAUCAACGGUUAUGAAGAGGCUUGACUGCACGGAACGAAAGCUGCUUGGACGGUUACUUGGCAACUUUUGGCCUAGGGUAUGCCACAAUGAAGAUCUCUACGCAGAAAUUGAUGUGGUAUACUGGCGGAUGACACGUGGAAGACUUCAACAUCUUGCACCGCCAUCAAAAGUGGCUAAAGUAAAUCGUCUGCGCUUCUUUGGUCAUAUAUUAAGGAGACCGGCAAAUCGCCUUGUUCAACGAGUUCUGAAGAGUUUGUCGGGUUCGAGCUGGAAGAAGCCACCUGGCCGAAAAAGGAAGUUCUGGACUGAGGCAGUGAAAGAGGACCUGAGGACACUCGGCGUGGAUAGGCAGUUCAGGCGAGACGUAAGGUUUCGCAGAAUGUGGAAUAGCGACGAAAGGAUUGAUUCUGUGCAAGCUCUCGCAGAAGAUCGAGAAGGUUGGGCAGAGCUGUGUUCAAGGACGGCACACCUCGGCGAAGAUGCGGGUAAUCGCGUCAAGCGAUGA